GUUUAAGACCAAUUAUUGGAUACAAUUACUAACAUAACGUUGUGUAGGACUCCAUGCGUGCUGUAUUUUAAACAGUUCGAAAAUUUAGAAGAACUUGCAUGGUUUUUAAAAGUUUCGGUUAAAUAAAAUCAAAAUAAAUAUUAAUAUAAUCAAUUAAAAUAGAGCGUUAACUCCAGAGACUGUAUAAAAAUGGUUAACUCCCGCGUCAAACACAAGAGUUCCCGGAACCUUGUGUACAUGAACCGUACUACUCUGAAGAGACACUUUCUGUGUUACACUCGGGUGUCCCACGUGAGUUAGAAAGCAUCUCUGAUCACUGGUCUAAGACGAAUAGUUAAAGCUAUCGUAUAUUUAAAAAAUCAGCUUUUGACAUAUUCGACCAGCUGAAUAACUUAAAAACUGUUAUACCUUCUACUAAUUUAUAUCAACAGCGAGGAUGAAAUUACUUACGCAUAACAUGUUGACAUCGCACGUAAAAGGCGUUAUUAAAGGCUACCCUCUCCUCAUCAAGGCGACGGAGGUGAAAGUGAUCGAAGUCGAGUUCAAGCCACAGUUCGUCAGCCGAAUGAUUCCCAAACUGGAGUGGACAGCAUUCGUACAAGCGGCCGACACGCUGGGUCACCUGAAUGAUCUGCCCAACGAAGUUGUACCUGACUAUGAGAAGAACGAGGAGUUUUUGCGCAAAGUCCACCAUGCACUGCUGGAGGUAGAGGUGUUGGAGGGUUGCCUUCAGUGCCCAGAGUCAGGGAGAGAGUUUCCCAUCACCCGGGGGGUCCCCAACAUGCUACUGAAUGAGGAUGAAACAUAGAGACAGAUUUCGGUUGCUUUAAUUUUUCUAAUGCACAUACCUGUACAUACCCAAAUAUUGGAAUCAGAUUAAUACAGUUUGUUAGAUGCUUACUCCUUUGUUAGCUGUUUAUUCAAUAUUCAGGAAUAACUCAAUUAGCACACUUCUUAUUUCUUCACGAUUACAAAUGGUGAAUCAAUUUUAAAAGAGAUGGAAUCCUUGGCAUGCCUUUCUGUUUACUAGAAAACUGCCUGUGUUUCCAGACUUUUGUGCCACCAUUACCUUGAUUAAGUUUACCUUCGCUCCCCAAAUUCAUACUGGUUUAAAGACUGCUGGGUAUGCUGUAGCCCUCUAUGACUUGCUUUACAUCAUCCUACACCACUCCAAUCCACUGAUUUCUGUAUUGUGUCAGAACUGUAGUGAUACAGGGAAAUUUGUUUGCAAUAAUGCUCAUUCUAGGAAUAUUUUCAAAUGCAGUAACCCUGGCUAAGUGACAUAAAAAAUAGUCAUGUCUCAAAUAAAUCAUUGUAUAUUUUAAGAUUGACGUGCCAUAUACACAAUAAACAACAGCUGUUCUUCCACAUUGAUAUAAUACAAUAUAAACCAAUGUUUGAGAACGUACCCGAUUAGAGAGUGGCUGAAACAGAUAAUAUUGUGUUUAGUCCUUUGGAGGAAGGAAAUAUUCUGUAUUUCAUUUUGUAAGGGCCUUUGGUAAUCCUGUGUGGCCGAAUCUCUGUUUUAUGGAGUAGCAAACCAAGAUUGCACAGAAAUGUUUGUCAUUUAUUCUUAAAUUGAUGUAUAUUCUCACCAUUUUUAUCCCAAGAUGGUGGAUAAUUGACUAUAGCAGUACAGAGAGAAACCGUUUAAUUAAUGGGGGUUGUCCCUGUCUGAUUAUGAAAGAGAGGGAAGGGACACCUACAGUCUGCCUGUGCCAACUGCACAUGAAUUGUAUGCCUGCAACACAGUCACAGCACAGCAUGGUUCACACUGUGAUAAUUCCCUCGCUUUCAAGCCCAACUGCAGUUGGGCUGACUGUCACUGCUAAUUUUCCUCUAGUGCGAAAGGAAAUUGGGUGUGCCAAAUUGGAAGAUACUGUUUUGUGUUUUAAAUUCCAAAAUUGAAUGAAAAGUACAACUGAAACAAACAUGAGCUUUCUUGAUGCAGUCUUAA